CUCUUGUUCAGCACCCAAAGUCGAAGGAUAGCUCUGGCCUUUCAAUGGAAGAAAGUGCUAGAUUUGUCAGUGUUGUAUAAUAUCAUAAUCAACUCUCAGGUUUCACAUUUUGUACGAUCGCGUUUUGUCUUCACCUGUUGUGAGGGACAAGAGCUGGCGUUCAACAUGCGUAAAAAUCAACGCUGUCCAAGCAGGGAACCGCCGAGAAACGAAUUACCGCCGCUCAACUGAGGCCAAUCUCGAUUUAUUUUUGUUAAAUAGGGAAACAUUAACUCAGCUAGUAGGCUAAUAUCACCUCAACGGCUAGCCUGUUUAAAUACACAUCGUCAUCUAAAAAGCGGAGCCGGAUAGUCGGAAUUUGAACUUCUUUCGCACAGCGGUUGGAGAAAAGUUUAGUCAGAGAUGGGUGCAUUCCUGGACAAGCCGAAAACGGAGAAACACAGCGCCCACGGGGAGGGAAAUGGGCUGCGCUACGGCCUGAGCUCCAUGCAGGGCUGGCGGGUGGAAAUGGAGGACGCCCAUACGGCGGUGGUGGGCCUCCCCCAUGGACUCACCGACUGGUCCUUCUUUGCUGUCUACGAUGGUCACGCCGGCUCUCGGGUCGCCAACUACUGCUCUGGGCAUCUUCUGGAGCACAUCUUGUCAGGAGGAGCAGAGUUCGGCUCGGGGGCGGGCUCUGUGGAGGGUGUGAAGGAUGGGAUUCGCUCGGGCUUUCUGAACAUUGACGAGUACAUGCGCAGUUUCUCCGACCUGCGGCAGGGCCUGGACCGCAGCGGGUCGACAGCCGUAUGCGUGUUGCUCAGCCCCACCCACCUCUACUUCAUUAACUGCGGCGACUCACGGGCUGUACUGUCUCGAGAUGGAAAGGUGGGCUUCUCCACUCAGGACCACAAGCCCUGCAACCCCCGUGAAAAGGAGCGCAUCCAGAAUGCCGGUGGAUCAGUGAUGAUCCAGAGGGUCAACGGCUCCCUGGCUGUGUCACGGGCUCUCGGGGACUACGACUACAAAUGUGUGGAUGGUAAGGGCCCCACAGAGCAGCUGGUGAGCCCAGAGCCCGAGGUUUGUGUGUUGGAGCGGGCCGCCGAAGGAGACGAGUUUGUGGUUUUGGCGUGUGAUGGAAUCUGGGAUGUCAUGUCCAAUGAAGAGCUGUGCGAUUUUGUACGAUCACGAUUAUUGGUUUGUGAAGAUCUGGAAAAGAUCUGUAACUCAGUGGUGGACACUUGUCUUCAUAAGGGGAGCAGAGACAACAUGAGCGUGGUGCUGGUGUGUUUGCCUGGAGCUCCCAAGAUCUCAGAGGAGGCCAUGAAAAAAGAGGAGGAAUUAGAUAAAUAUCUAGAAACGCGCGUUGAGGAGCUCCUGGGAAACUGUGGAGAGGAUGGAGUCCCUGACCUGGUGUCUGUCCUAAGAAAUAUUGCCUCAGAAAACAUCCCUAACCUCCCGCCUGGUGGAGGCCUGGCCAGCAAACGCAGUGUUAUAGAGGCGGUGUACAACAAACUGAACCCUUACAGAGAAGAGGAAGGGGGGGGAGGAGAGGAGGAGGAGGAGGAUGAUGAGGAGAAUGAGGAGGGAGGUGGCGGCACGGCAGCUCAUCUGAUGGAGGCUCUGCGGCAGUUCCGUCUGCACCACCGGGGGCAGUAUCGCACAGUGCUGGAGGAAUCUCUGGCAGCCUACCAUCUCAGAGGGGAGGGCGCUGUCGAGGGAGCCAGGAGGAGCUCUGAUGACAACGGAGAGGAGGAGACCGCCUCCCCUCCCUCACCCCCACCCUCACCCGCUGCCGUGGAAGUAGAGGGUAGCCAAGAUGCCCCAACAUCUGGUCUCUCCUCUGACUGAGCUCGCAGCCUAUCAUCCACCCUCCUCCAGAGAUGACCUCACUCCUCUAUCCCCAGUCACAGAACUUGACUAGGCAGAUCGGCCAAUAUUUAGUGAUUUUCUUAAAAUUAAGAAUAUCUGUCAAUCAUACUGAGAUAAAACCAGCCUUUCUGUGUAUUCAAAUUCUGUCUCUACCACUCUACCGUUUGAAGAAUACUCUUUAUUUCCUUAUUUUUUGUUUACCCAACUUAGCUUGGAUGUUCUUUGAGAACAUAAAACCACUGUUUCCAGUAGAAACCAGUCAGCAUGUAUGUUGAUUCUUGCAGACAUGGUUGCUGAAACCAAAAUGAAACAUCCUUGUACCUUUUUUGGGCUUCCUCUCUCUCCCAUUCCUUCCUCUCCUUCUCCUCCUCCCACCCUCUAGCCUCACCCCUCAUCCGCCUAUAUGGGAGAAACUGGAGUACAGCUGUGCAGUACGCUUUGCCGUCUCAUGCCCUUUUACCCCAUGUUUUGACCUGGAGUCUCUUUGUACAGCAGGACAAGAAACUCUUGUAGGAACAAUAAAUGAGCGAAGAUAGUUGAGAGCGUUGGGGAAAAAGAUCUUAGAUGGAAAAAGACAAAAAUAUUUUCUCACACCUGCUUUUAUUGCCAGCAGUCAGUUGCUUAGUCCCUCAGGUGGCCUCAUUAACCCCCAAAUCACAGCUCAAUAAAGCUAGAGCACCUGUUCAAAAUACAUGGAGGAGGAAUUAAAACACCUGAGUGUCAAAAACAACACAAAAAGGUUUACAUGAUUUAAAACUAAUAAAAUGUGUUCUGUUUUAGUGAAACAUUUGACACCCUCCAUGUUUACUAGCCUCCCUGUUAAAGGCCAGUUAGAAGCAUAAAGAAAACCUUCAUACAAUUCCAGAGCAUUUAUUCAAAGUAACAAAAUUGCUAAUAAAAGAUUAAUACUUUUAAAGGAAGUUAAUAUUUUUGGGAACCCACUGAUGACAACAUUGCAGCACUUAGUUCUUGGUUGUCUUUAUGUUCUCCACAUAACAAAUCCCUCUGCAGGUUUU